GUCGCCAGGUUUUUAGUCGCGGACGUUCAAAUGUCAUCGUCGGUCGCGGUUCGUUCGUUCGACUGCAUUGUACGGAAGGAAGCAUCGCCCGUUCGACCAAGGGAUUCGACCCGCACCUUUCGAAAGAAUUUUUUCGCGUUGAAUUAAAAAGUUUAAAAAAAACGACCCACGCAUGGAUUCCGAAAAUAAAGUAGCUCCAGAGCCGGUCAAGGAUAAUAAAAAUCUGGAGGAUCGUGUAACGAAACGGACGAGAUGGAGGAAUUUAGUGGCCUUUUGGAUGCUCGGUUUGUGCAACAAUUACGGCUACGUUGUCAUGCUCAGUGCGGCGCACGACAUCAUCGAAAGUAAAUUCGGCAAUGCGUCAACAACAACAUCGGAAACAUCUGACAACACGACCACUGCAACAAGAGCGUGCAACACCAUGUCAACCGGUGCAAUACUAUUGGCCGACAUUAUACCAGCUUUGCUCGUAAAAACCGGAGCGCCAUUUUUGCCAUUUUUAGUACACUUGCGAUUGUUGUCCUGCGUAUUAUUGGCGGCCGGUGGUUUCGUCAUGGUCGCUUUGGCCAGCUCCAAAUGGCUCGCUAUUUUCGGUGUCGUUCUCACCUCACUUUCUUCCGGAUUGGGGGAAGUCACGCUGUUGGGAUACAGCCGGUUUUUCAGCAAAAACGUGAUAUCGACGUGGUCUUCCGGUACCGGUGGGGCUGGCGUGAUCGGCGCCGUUUCCUACGCCGGUUUGGCGAUGUACCUGACCACGGAACAGACGCUUUUGGCGAUGCUGAUCGUACCGGCUAUCGAGGCGCUCACAUUUUGGCUGAUUUUGGUGCAUCCCAGAGAGACAGCUCUGUCCGGAUUCUCGAAGCAGUUGGGCACCGGGAGCCAACGACCCAUCAUCGGCUCGGCGCAAAAAACGAUUUCGGAAAAGAUAUCGAUGCUCCCGACCCUCGCGAAGUACAUGCUGCCGAUCGGGCUCGUUUACCUCUUCGAGUAUUUCAUCAAUCAAGGAUUGUUCGAGCUGAUCGAUUUCAAAGGGAUCUGGUUAACGCACUCCGAACAGUACAGAUGGCUCCAGGUCGAUUAUCAAAUUGGAGUUUUUAUCUCGAGAUCGUCGGUCAAUCUGGUGACGAUAAGGAGAGUCUGGAUCAUGACGGUUUUGCAGUUCCUCAACAUCAUUUUACUGACCUUCGAAACGGUCUACUACUACAUUCCGAAUAUUUGGAUAGUAUUCGCGAUCGUUUUGUGGGAAGGUUUUCUCGGCGGAGGUGCCUACGUGAACACUUUCUACAGAAUGUCCAAGGAAAUACCGGAAGAGGACAGAGAAUUCUCACUCGGAAUUACGACGAUGGCCGAUUCGCUGGGAAUCGCAUUGGCUGGUUUCUUGGCGAUGCCGGUGCACAAUGCUAUAUGCAAAUUACCCGAACCGAUCCGGUUAGGUAACUAGAUUGAAUUUAUAUUAUUUAUUUAUCGAAUAUUGCUCCGAUAUUUUCUGCGAGGACCUGUUAGCCGAAGCGGAAAUAGUGACGGGGGGUCGGAUUCGGGCGCUUCCCGAAUUCGAUCGACCGAUGAGGAAUCAAUUUUCCUUUUUUUUUGUUUUAUUAUUAUUGUGUACGAAAGUUCCGCCGAUUCGGGCGGAAAAAUUGUAAAAUUUUGGCGAAUUAUCGCCGAACGGAAUUUACAUCUCAGAGAAUGUAUUGUAUACGACGACAUAUGUUACCAUGUGAAUAUAUGUAUAUCUAUGAUGUUAUGUAUUUGAAUAGAUUUCGGACAAAGAUUUGAAGACGAUAAGGAAUACGUCGGUAAAAAAAAACACUGAUUGUUGCCUUUACUGAAUACAGUAUUUUUAUUUUUUUUUUUUCUUCAUGCAUUUGUUAUACGUCGUUUAUGUAUAAAGCCAUAGAUAUAUCGAAAUAAUACGAAAUUCAUAUUCAAAGCUACUCGAUUAUUGGAUAAUUGAGAAAGAAAAUCAAGUUUUCUUUGCGAAAUUUUUGAUUGCAUUAUUAUUCAAUGUAUAAUUAAUUGUAGGAGCAAAUCUUUUUCGGUUCGAUUACCGACGCAAGUUUUUUCAAUUCUACUUGUAUUUUGAUUUUUUUAUCAUGAAUCCCCUAGAGAGAUUCGGACCUACUGUCGCCGCGUGAAGUUUGGAGACCUCAGUUCAGAUGCUUAUAAUCACGAAGAAAAAAAUGAUGGAGCGGAGAUUCAAAAAAGUUUCGAAAGUUUGGAGUAUUCUGCGUCCGGUGACUCAUUUUAGAAUUUCGAAAAGAAAAAAACAAACGGAUAGUUAUGACCACCGAGAGGUCGAAAAACGUGUUUUUUUCGGUGUCAAGCGAAGUAUGUUAACUUUGUAGCGUCACCUCUCUUCAAAAAAGCGUUCGAAAAAAUUGAAAAAAUUCAGAGACGUUUCUGAAAGAUUUUUCAAAAUAAUCCCGUUGGAAAAUUUCAAAAAUCUUAAAAAACGUGACGCCCAGACGUAUCGAAGUUCAAAAAGGUGAUCUCGGGAACGGGUCAAACAAGACGGAUUUACGUGAGCUAAAAAUUUGCAGAAAAAUAUACAGUUUCUAACGUCCUAAACAGAAAAUUGCUCGUAUCGCUGAAUUUUCGGUAAUCGUCAUUAACGUUUUAGGAAAUUGAAAUCGUUGAGCGGGCGACCCGGCCGCUACAGCGGCCCUGCAUUUUCACAUCUCGCCGCGCCGCACAUAACUACAAUGUUGUGAAUUUUUUUCGUGGAACCGCAGAUGGUAUCAACAAAGCAGCGACGCUGUUAGCGGCUGAGUCGCCCGCUCAACGCCUUCAAUUUCCUAAAACGUAAUUGAUAACUACCGAAAAUUCAGCGAUAGGAGCAAUUUUUUGUUCACGGCAUUAGAAAAUGUAUAUUUUUCUGCAAAUUUUUAGCCUACGUAGAUCCGUCUUGCCGGAACCGUUCCCGAGAUCGCCUUUUUGAACAUCGAUGCGUCUGGGCGCCACGUUUUUCAAGAUUAUUCAAGUUUUCCAACGAGAUCCUUUCGAGAAAUCUUUGAGGAACACGUCUGAAUAAUUUUUGAAUUUUUCGAAUGUUUUUCCCACGAGUAGUAACGCUCCAAAGUUAACCCACUUCGCUUAACUCUUGGAAAAACAACGUUUUUCGAUCAUUCGGUGAUCAUAACUGUCGGAACGUUUUUUUUUCGAAGUUUGAAAAUGAAUCACAAGAUGCAAAAUACUUCAAGCUUUCGAACGCCCUUUGAAUUUCUGUUCUAUCAUUUUUUUUUCUUCGUAGUUACAAGCUUCCAAACCGAGGGCUCUAAACUCCACGCGCCGACCAGUAAUAAAAUACGACUGAAAAUCUUAUGUGACAUUUUUCCAAUACGUUUUUAUAUCGAAGCGGUAUUGAUCGGCCACAUCAAUUUGCUUGGCAAUUGUUUUGAAACCGAAAAAAAAAAAAAAAAAACAACAAAAUCGAUCGUCUCACGCG